AUGAAUCUCAGAAUAAUUAUGCAGAAUGAGGUGUGUGCAGAUGGUGUCACCUGGAACUUGAGCAGCUGCACGAGGGGUAUCGGAGGUCUGACAACAGCCAAGGACAAACUCAGAGGGCAGAAGUCCAGGAAUGUAUUCCCCACAGCCAGCCAAAAAAGCUUUAAGGUUAAAAAUAAAGCAAAACCAGUUACCACUAAUCUUAAGAUAAACAUUGUGAAUGAUGAAAAAGAUAACGAACCAGUUAAUGUUGAUGAAGCUACAAGAUUAAUGGGUCAGUUGUAA